AUUUAGGGAGUUGUUAUGGAGGGGUGUUAAAUUUCGGUUCUUUUUUUUUAUAUAUAUUUAUAAAUUUAUCAUUAUUUCUUGGGGGUUAUUUGGAAAUUUAAUCAACAUAAUGGAUAAGAAUUUCAAAAUUUGUGUCGUAGGGGACUUGCGGGUGGGUAAAUCGUGUUUAGUAAAUCGGUUUUUCAAAAAAUCUUUUUCCCACGACUACAUCUGCACCAGGGGCAUGGUCUUAUCCUCCAAAACGGUGAUCAUAUCAGGGGUAAAAACUGAAUUAAACAUAUGGGAUGUAUCAGGAGAAGAACUGUUCCAAACAAAUAAUUCUGAAAAUUAUAAAAACGCUGUGGGAGUUUUACUAGUUUAUGACAUCACGAAAUUAAAAUCAUAUGAAAAUAUAUUAAAAUGGUAUAGUGAUGUUUCAAUUCAAGCCAAUCCUUCUGCAGUUUUUAUUCUAGUAGGAAAUAAAAGGUAUGACCAUAAAUUGUAAUUGUUAAUAGUAUUUUCAUUUUAAAUGAAAUAAGUGUUUUGGUCAAAUUUUUAGUUUUAUUUAUG